AUGGCGCCGCAAGAGCUGGAGGAGCGAGACCUCUCCGAGUUGGCUCUCGUCUGCAGAGACCUCUUCAACAAAUAUGCUACUCUUGACCCAGCGUGCUCUGCGCCACGCAAGAGUGCAGCGCGGCAACAGGAACGCUUCUCGACAUCCGACUUGGCCGUUUUCACUCGUUCCAACACAUCGCUCGACUGCGACGAGAUUCGAGCCUUGGCGAUAGAGCAGCUUGCCGUGAUACAAACGAAUCUAGAGUUUGCAUCACCCUUCCCAACGAUGGAGAACAGGGUGGACUGGAAGCAGGUUCACUCCAGCACCGGGGGCUUUCUAUCAGGUCCUGAGCAUCCUCAGUCUCUCUCAAGCAUGGUUGAGAUCGCAAAAGCACUUUUUCGCCGGCGCAAGUACCAAGAGGCUGAAGAGGAAUACCGGAAGAUGCUCAAGUUACACGCCAAGGUCAUGGAGGCCAACGGCCCUGGCAUCAUUUCAAUCAAGGGCAACCUGGCAAACGCGCUCGCAAAACAAGGCAAGCAUCGUGAGGCUGAGAACCUGUAUAGGGAGAUGUGGGCACUCAGCACCGAAACUCUCGGGGAAAAGCAUCCGCACACACUUUCGUGUAGGAGCAACCUGGCAAGUUUGCUCGAAAAAAGGGGGGAGCAUAAAAAGGCGGAGGAAAUUUAUCGGAAUGUUUGGGACCUUCAAAGGACGACGCUGGGGCACAACCAUCGCGAUACGCUCUCAAGCAACAACAAACUUGCCAACGCACUGAUGCGACUUAAGAAGUUCAAUGAGGCCACAGUCAUCUACAAGGAAACGCUUGAGACGCGCAGGAAGGUGCUAGGAGAAGAGCAUCCUGACACAAUCAUCACUCUAGGCAACUUCGCAAAUUCGCUUCACAAUCAGGGGCAAUUUGAAGAGGCCAAGGCAAAAUACUUGGAAGCAAUGGAGCUUGGUACUAAAUUUCUUGACCAUGAGCAUCCACAUCUGCAUUGGAUUAGGGUUCGUCGUGAGGAAGCGCUGAAGGAUGAAGGGGAAUGA